AUGGCGAAGGAAGGCGAAAAUCAUUACGUCACUCUAGGGGUCGCGCGGACUGCGUCCGCCGCCACCAUCAAGGCCGCGUACAUACGCCUGGCGAAGCAGUAUCACCCAGAUCGGAAUUCGAGUGCGUCGAGCGCCGAAAAAUUUCGACAAAUUCAGGAGGCUUACGCAGUGCUGCGCGACGCUGAGCAGCGAGCGACAUACGACGCGUCUCUGCCGCGAUUGGCGCCAGGCGCCACAAACUACGGAUCUGGACGCCAUGGAUUCCGGAGUGCGGACUGGAGAGGCGAGAGGGAAUUCGAUCAGCACUUCAGGGAACAAGUGGAACGGAUUCAGAGGGAACGCGAACAAGCGUUGAAAGACAUGGAGAAUCAACGCGCCCGCAUGGGGUUUACCUCGUCUUUCGACGGGUACCGCUCUGCUCGGCCGCACGGCGCUGGCUCCAGAACUCCCCCAGGCUUUUCUCCGCUUCCUCACGCGCUCCUCCGAACUCUGCCUCUCCUCCUCCUCCCCUGCAUUCUGGUCUACGGAGUGUACCGACAGGCCCGAUAUCGGCGAGAGCAGUACGCGCCGCCGCGUUCACCCAGCGCAGUGAUGUACGACGACUUGGGUCGAGCGUUUAUGGCUGAUUCGAAAGGUCGGCAUUAUCGCGUCAUGGAGUUCGACGUCCGCGACAUUCGGCACACAGGGCGCUGA